ACCAUGUUAAUACUUCUACUCCUCUUCACCUUCCUCAGCCCAAGUUUCACCUCUGUCGACUCCUUCAACUUCUCAUUCCCUUCCUUCGACUUCGAAAGCUGCACCAAUGGCGGCAACUUGAUUUGCAGUGGCUCCGCCACUGCAAGCAACGGGACUUUGAACGUGACGUCGGAUCACCAACAACAACAGCCAAGAGAUCCACCAUCGACAAACCAGAUUGGACGGGUGUUGUAUAAAUAUCCAGUGAUCGGAUGGCCGGCGUAUAUAUGCACCACUUUCAGUAUUAGGAUACUGACUGACCCCAACUCUGAAGGAGCUGGUGAUGGAAUGGCGUUUGUUCUGGCUCAGGAUGUUGCACCCUCUCCUCCCAACAGCUUUGGCUCUUUUCUUGGUAUCUUUGAUCAGUCUACUCAAGGCACUCCAUCAGAAACACAUCAAGUUCUAGCUUGGAACUUCACAUGCAUUGAAUUGCCAAACAAAUCUCUGGGGCCAGGAAACAACCUGGGAGUGAAAUUGGCUGUUCCCGUGAUUUCUGGGCUGCUAUUUCUUGCAAUAUUGGCUUUACCAUUUGUGCUUAGAGCUCUUAGAAUACGAAAAGAGAGGCUUGCAAGGAAAGUAGACAUUGAAAUGAUGAUAGCAGCAGCAAAUGGACCUCGACUCUUCCCUUACAAGAAACUUUCAAAAGCGACUCGCAACUUCAGCAAAGACAACCUGUUGGGAACUGGCGGUUUUGGCAGUGUUUACAAAGGGGUUAUGUCGAAACCUCCCACCACUAUUGCUGUCAAAAAAAUCAAUGCCACAUCCAAACAAGGUGAGAAGGAAUACUUGGCAGAAAAUCUGCACUAUUAGCCGCCUAAGGCACAAAAACUUACUACAACUCCAAGGUUGGUGCCAUGACCAUGACCAACUCCUACUUGUUUACAAAUAUCUGCCUAAUGGCAGCCUUGACCGCUUCAUCGGCAAGGACAACACCUUCCUUGAUUGGGCAACCAGGUACAAGGUAUUACUGGGAUUAGCAUCAGCAUUAGUUUAUCUACAUGAAGAGUGUGGCAACCCUGUUGUACAUAGAGAUGUGAAGCCAAACAAUGUCAUGUUGGAUUCAAAGUACAAUGCACAUCUAGGCGACUUUGGCCUUGCCAGGCUACUUCAAAACGAAGCCUCAGUCACAACCAGGAUAGCAGGGACACCAGGGUAUUUGGAAGGCUACCACAGAGUCUGAUGUUUACAGCUUUGGAAUGGUGGUUUUGGAAGUGGUUUGUGGGAAGAGAUCAAAAGGCAUCAUGGAUGAGAAUAGUUUAGUGGAUAGCGUAUGGAGGUUAUACGAAAAGGGUGUCGAUGCAUUGCUCGAUUGCGUGGAUAGAUUGAUUGAAGGGAAAUUUGAUGAAGAGGAAGUGAAGAGGAGUUUGGUUGUAGGGCUUGCUUGUUUGCAUCCAGAUUUUAUGGUCCGGCCUCGGAUGAGAAAGAUGGUUCAGGUUUUCAUGAACCCUAACGAGCCUCCCCUGAAUUUGCCCGAAUCGCGGCCUAAUUUGGUAUACUUGUCAUUUAACUCGUCUACAAUAACUUCAACUACAACUGAUUUAGGUUGUAGCAAAGUCGACGGUGGAGGUUCUAUGGAGACUUUGCCAGAUGAGACCACAGUCCAAUAUGGGUUAUGUCAUGUAUAGGAAGUUCUUGGAAAAUUGAUGUAUAAAAUGUAGCCUUUUAUGCAGCAGAUUGAAUAUGGUAAAUUGCAGCUACACAGGGUGAUUGAAAGUUUAAUUUCAAUUAUCUUAAGUUUUUGAA